AAAGCGUCAAGCUUCAAUUCCGUGAUGGGACAAGCAGCAACGUCAAGCCGCCCAACAACUGCCCAUCAUGAGUUUCAUGCCCAUUAACCCGCGGCCCAUGCUGCAAGACCUAGUCAACAAGGAAAUCAUCGUGCGACUCAAGUGGGGCGAGACCGAGUACAAGGGCAGACUGGUCAGCAUCGACAGCUACAUGAACAUCCAGCUCACCAACGCACAAGAGUUUAUCGACCAGAAGUUCACAAGCGACCUGGGACAGAUUCUGAUACGGUGCAACAACGUAUUAUGGAUCAAGGGCGCAGGACAAGGCGAUGGUGAUACGAAAAUGGAGGGCUAGGCUGUUUUUGCUGGAGAGGUGCAGAUACCCCAAGACUACGAGGAAGCGGUGAUUUCGAUCGAGCCUCUCCCAUAUGGCUGGGAACGGAACGGAGCGAAACAGGCACAACACAUUGACAAAAGAGAGUUGACAAUUGCAGUUUGGGAACAGGAUGGCAGGCGUCCGGUCAUGAUAUUCAUUGGCGAAGAAGGGAGGCCAAAUAGUUUGCUACUGAUUUUUAUCCAGCAAAACAC